AAAGAGGAGACGGAAGAAGAGGGAGGAGGAAGUGAGGUUCGAAGUUAACGUAAAGUUGCUGCCACCUGGGUGCAGAAGCGGAGCGGUGUUUGUUGUUUUGGUAUUAUCGUGAUUUUUUUUAUUGGUGCACCAUAAACCCUCGGCUGCAAUAUAUAUCGCAUCUCCUGUACUUAGAUAUUAACUAAAUGAAAGAUAAAGCAUGCCUACUCAACCAAAAAAUCAACCAAAACCGGACAGACGUUUUUAAUUGCAGUCCAGACAACACGCCGGCACCACAGCUAAUAACUUAUUAGAAUAAAGUUUGCACAUGGACACUAGUGAGAAGAAAGAAAGAAGAAGAAGAAGACACUAGUGAGCAUCGAGGUUGAUAUCCGCUGUCAUGCAAACAUCUGUUUUUUUCCUUGUUUUUUUUUGGGUGGGACAACCAGGAAGUAGUGUAGCCCCCCGCGCAUGCGCCGUCUGUAGUAGUAGUAGUGAAACGUCUCCCGGCAGGUGUCUUCACAUCAUCUGACGAUGUCCUCCGACUCUGGUCCCGAAACCGCUCAGCACUCCGGGCUGCUGAAGUUUUACUCUGCCUUGUUUUACGCCGGGAGUUCGUUCGUCAUCACGGUGGUGAAUAAAACGGUGCUGACGAGCUUCAGAUUUCCCUCCUACAUGUGUCUUGCAAUCGGCCAGAUGCUCGCCACACUUGUUGUUCUUUAUGCUGCCAAAAUGAGCAAAAGAGUCCAGUUUCAAGACUUGGACCGAAGUAUUCCCUUUAAAAUUUUCCCACUUCCUUUGCUUUUUGUUGGGAACCAUAUAACAGGACUGGCAAGCACCAAAAAACUCAGUUUACCCAUGUUUACAGUACUUCGGAAAUUCACCAUUUUGAUGACUAUGAUAUUGGAAGUAUAUAUAUUAAGAAAAACCUUCCCAAAACGCCUUGUGUACAGUGUGGUGACCAUAGUCCUUGGUGCCCUGGUUGCUGCCAGCUCAGACCUGGCCUUUGAUCUGGAGGCUUACGCCUUCAUCCUGCUCAACGACGCCUUCACUGCGGCGGGCGGCGUGUACACCAAGAAGAAACUUGGCGCUGAGGGCCUUGGGAAGUAUGGUGUCUUAUUUUACAAUGCGCUAAUCAUUGUCAUACCCACUUUUUUGGCAAGUGCAUUAACUGGAGAUUUACACAAGGCCGUCACAUUUGAGGACUGGGUUGAGGGCACUUUUGUUUUUUGUUUCCUCAUGUCCUGCUUCAUGGGGUUUGUGCUGAUGUAUUCCAUAGUCCUGUGCAGCUACUAUAACUCGGCACUCACUACCACAGUAGUGGGGGCAAUAAAGAAUGUUGCAGUAGCGUACAUUGGCAUCUUUGUGGGUGGCGACUACCUGUUCUCUUGGACCAACUUCCUAGGCCUCAGCAUAUGCAUGUCAGGCGGGCUAAUGUACUCGUAUCUCACCUUUAUCGACAAACCGCCUGCAAGCAAGACAGAAGAAUCCCCACAGCUGAAGAUUGAGACGUAGGAGCUUCAACUGGGACGUCCUCUGCAAACUAAAUGGACGAUGUUUUGUCCCUCACCAUUCGGUGGCAUCGAUGCUCCACAUUGGAGCGUGGUGAUCGUUUUUUACACUUUUAUUUUUGAGACAGAUGAGACUGCACUUGUACAGCACUGCUGACCAUUCAAAGCGAUUUUAACGCUAAGUCAUCGUUUGCCAUGCGAGUUGCCGCCCGCAUCGG